CCUCUUCUCCCUCCCACUUCCUCUCUCUCUCUCUCUCUCUCUCUCUCUCUACCCACCGAUCGCUGCUGCAGUUCUCCCUCCACCCGCCGCCGCCGCCGCCGCCAUGUCGCCGCCGUCGCCGUCGUCGGCGCCCCGGGAGGGCCACUACAGGGGCGUCCGGAAGAGGCCGUGGGGGCGCUACGCGGCGGAGAUACGCGACCCCUGGAAGAAGACCCGGGUGUGGCUCGGCACCUUCGACACCCCGGAGGAGGCCGCCCUCGCCUACGACGGCGCCGCCCGCAGCCUCCGCGGCACCAAGGCCAAGACCAACUUCCCAGCUCCUCCCGCCCCGCCUCCCCCUCCGGCCUCCUCCGCCGCCGCCGCCGCCUCCGCCCUCUCCCUCGACCUCAACCUCCCCUCCGACCACUUCCCCACCACCACCCCCGGUGGCCCCCGCCUCGCCCCACCACCACCACCACCACCACCACCACCAUCAACACCCCCACCCCCACCCCCACCCCCGCCGGUUCGUCUUCAACGAUCUCCUCCCCACCGCGGUCCUGAGCUGCGGCGACGGCGUCAAGCGCGAGGUCACGGUGGUCGGCGGCGGCGGAGCUGGAGGCGUAGGAGUCCCGGUGAUCGCGGCCGAAGGCCCCGUCGGAGCGUCGUUCCUGGGGAUGCCCACGCGCGGACUGCCCAUCGACCUGAACGAGCCGCCUCCCCUAUGGCUGUGACGUCACUAUCAUGUCCCCCUUCCCCCUCCAUUUUUCCUUACUCUCAUCCUUCUGUAGAGAGCGAAAGAGACAGAGAGAGAGAGAGAGAUAGAGAGAGGAUGGGCCAAAAAAGAAAAUUCGGAUGAAAUGAAGCCCGUUUCUGUAAAUACAAUGUUCUCUCUUUUUUUGGAGGUCUCUCUCUUCUCUUCCACGUGGAAAAACGAUCGGCGAUUUGAUUUUUCUUC